AUGCUCUGUCUCAUGACGUGUGCUGCUGGCAGCAUGAUGAGUAACAACUACCUCUAUGGACCGCUGCCAGACUGCUUCUUUCACAAGUGCAUGAACCAAAUUGAUGUGAGCGGCAACAACCUGUAUAGGCGCAUCAACCGCGACUUUGAGAGCAUAGUGACGGAUGGUAAUGCACUCAUCAACUUGGCUCACAACUUCUUCUUUGGAGACGGGGUGCUCUUUGCUGCCGGUUGCAAGGUCUGCCCUACGGAGGUCAGCGAGCCCAACAAACUCAACCUGUGGGACGCCUCUGCAUGGCUACCUGGUGCAUGCAAUUCUGAGGCGGAGUCGGGCAAGAUGGUGCGAGCCAUGGCCUCUCUCCACCACUCGCACCUCGUGCGCCUGUUGGGCUUCUGCCUGGACCAGAACGUGGAGACGGGCAAGCAGGAGCAGAUCCUCGUCUACGAGUUCAUGGCCAACAGGGACCUGGCAUACCAUAUCUACAAGACUAAGCCCAACAUCCAGGUGAGAGCAGACAUGCAAGCCAAGGUGGCUGACUUUGGGCUGCUCAAAUGCCUCACUCACGGCAAUGCUAAUGCUACGCGAGUGGCCGGCACUCUAGGCUAUGUGGAUCCGGAUUACGUCCGCACCCACGUCAUCACUGUCAAGAGUGAUGUGUUCAGCUUUGGAAUUGUGCUUCUUGAGCUGCUGAGUGGAAGGCUACCUCUAAAGUAG